AUGGCUAAUGCAGCAUCGGGUAUGGCAGUUGAUGACGAAUGCAAACUGAAGUUUAUGGAGCUGAAAACCAAGCGAACACACCGCUUCAUUGUUUUCAAGAUUGAAGAAAAACAGAAACAGGUUAUUGUGGAAAAGCUUGGAGAACCAACCCAAACUUACGAUGACUUCACUGCAAGCCUUCCUGCCGAGGAGUGCAGAUACGCAGUUUAUGAUUUCGACUAUUUCACUGAAGAGAAUGUCCCGAAGAGCAGGAUUUUCUUCAUUGCAUGGUCUCCCGACACUGCAAAAGUGAGGAGCAAAAUGAUCUACGCAAGCUCAAAGGACAGGUUCAAGAGGGAAUUAGACGGCAUUCAGGUAGAGCUUCAGGCAACCGACCCGACUGAGAUGGGUCUUGAUGUCUUCAAAAGUCGUGCCAAUUAA